AUGUCUUCGACGGCCGGAUCCAGAUCUUCCACAUUCGGUGGAUUCUUCUUUUGCACGUUCGGUGCGAUUCGGUGUUGCGUGGAGGCAUCUGUUCACGAUAGUGUGCUAAGUCUUCGACGUCGGUGUCACGGCAGACGAAAUCGGCGUCGUCAGCGUGAACAAUCAUCUCUUUUAGGAGGUCCUGGGGUACAUCAAGAUGCGCUGCGACGUCGCGGAGAGCUGCCUCUAAAUAAACAACAAAAAGAACGGGUGAAAGUGAGUCGCCUUGUGGAGUACCUGUGUUACUCUCGAACGGAUCAAGGACAUUCCAGCCGGUCCGAAGAGACAGCGUAUUUUUUUGGAGAAGUAGGCGGAUUAGGCGGAUUUCGUCGUCGUCAAUAA